AUGGUAAUGGAGGUGGAUGAACCAGCAGGCACUUCCAUGGACACAUCUGAACCCCUCGAGCCAGCAAUAGAAUGGCGAUUUAGUCAGGUGAAAGGAAAUAUCGAAGGGGAUGACACCCACACCGAAGCUGAUGUUAUAUCAUGUGUGGAGUUUUCGCAUGACGGUGAAUACUUGGCAACCGGUGACAAAGGCGGGCGCGUUGUCAUUUUCCAAAGGGAUCAGAGCGGUAAAUAUGUGAACGGUGCGCGAUCGCGGGAAUACAACGUAUAUUCGACUUUUCAAUCACAUGAACCAGAAUUCGACUAUUUAAAAUCACUCGAGAUUGAGGAGAAGAUUAACCAAAUCAAAUGGUUGAAGAAGAAGAACGCUGCAAAUUUCAUACUCUCAACAAACGAUAAAACGGUGAAGUUAUGGAAGAUAAGCGAACGCGAGAGAAAAGUGGCCGAUGAUUCGUGGAAUAUUCGACGUGGACAAUUCGUUGGUAGCCUACAGAUUCCGAGCAUAGUGCCAAUGGAAUUGAUUGUGGAGGCCAGUCCACGAAGAGUGUAUGGAAAUGCUCACACAUAUCAUAUUAAUAGCAUUUCCGUCAACUCUGACCAGGAAACCUUCCUCUCCGCUGAUGACUUACGAAUUAAUUUAUGGCACCACGAGAUAACGAACGAGUCUUUUAAUAUUGUUGACAUAAAGCCAACAAAUAUGGAAGAGUUAACAGAGGUUAUAACUGCGGCUGAAUUCCAUCCUCAUCAAUGUAACUGGUUUGUAUACUCGUCGAGUAAGGGAUCUAUACGCCUUUGUGACAUGAGAGACCGGGCUCUAUGCGACGCUCAUGCGAAAAUAUUCGAAGAGGCAGAGGAUCCCAGCUCGAGGUCGUUCUUUUCGGAAAUUAUUGCUAGUGUCAGUGAUAUCAAGUUCUCACACAAUGGGCGGUAUCUUCUGACCAGAGAUUACUUGACAGUUAAGGUAUGGAUACUGAUUUUGGCCUUCGAUAUCUUUGACUUUUUGAUAUGUGUUUUUCAUGACCUCACAACGUAA